AUGGUCUCGUUCACUCGUCUGUUCACUACCGGCCUGGUCGCCGCCUCCGCUGUGGCCGUCCCCAUCGCCCAGCCGGUCACCGUGGAGGUCCAGCAGCGGAGCACCGCCAGCUCCUCCAAGCGUGGUGCCGCCUACAACGAUGUCAGCACUGUCCAGCCCCUGACCUCCUCCGGUGGAGUGUCGUGGGCCUACAACUGGGCCAUGUCCUCGUGGGGCCAAGCUCUGCCCUCCAACGUCGAGUUCGUCCCCAUGCUCUGGGGUGCCAAGGACUUUGGUGGCUGGUUCGCGGCCAUCGAGACGGCUCUCUCGUCCGGCUGCGGCUACAUCCUGGGCUUCAACGAGCCCGAUAUUGGCUCCCAGGCCAACAUGAGCCCUUCCCAGGCCGCGGGUUACUACCAGAACUACAUCACUCCCUUCAGCGGCAAGGCCAAGCUCAUCUCCCCCGCCGUGUCUUCGUCCACCAACGCCGGCAUGGGUCUCUCCUGGCUCGGUGAGUUCUUGAACGACUGCUCUUCCUGCGGGCUCAGCGGUCUGGCCGUGCACUGGUACGGUGAGACGGCCGAGCAGUUCAAGUCGCACAUCACCCAGGCGCUGUCUCUGGCCGCGGACCACGGUAUCCCCGAGGUCUGGGUGACCGAGUUCGCCCUCAGCGCUGAUGUCGGUGGUGUCACCGACGCGUCCAACACCGCCGCCUUCCUCUCCGAGGUUCUGCCGUGGCUCGACGCCCAGCAGGGUGUCUCUCGUUACUCGUACUUUAUGUGCGCUGAGAAUUACCUGGUCAGCGGUAACGCCUUGAACCAGGCCGGUCAGGCUUACGUCUCUGCCUAA